CAGUCUUGCAGUGACACUCCUCUUCUGUGGACGAGUUCAUACGGACUCACUCAGGAUUGCUCAUAUUCAUUUCCACUCUCUCUCUCUCUCUGCCUGAGAUGAAAUUUUUGCUUUAAACAGAAAAAAGGAGGACCAAAUUCGCCCCUGCAUAAUGACGGUGGAUUUUGAAGACUGCCUGAAAGAUUCACCUCGCUUUAGGGCGAACAUCGAUGAGGUGGAGACCGAAGUGGUGGAGAUUGAGGCGAAGCUGGACAAGUUGGUGAAGUUAUGCAGUGGGAUGAUCGAAGCUGGGAAGGUGUACGUAAGCGCCAACAAGCUUUUCGUCAACGGCAUCCGAGACCUGUCUCAGCAGUGCAAGAAGGAAGAAAUGAUAUCAGAAUGUCUGGAGAAGUGUAGCGAGAGUCUGCAGGAGAUAGUGAACUAUCACAUGAUCCUGUUCGACCAGGCGCAGAGAUCUGUGAAGCAGCAGUUGCACAAUUUUGUCAAAGAGGAUGUGCGGAAGUUUAAGGAAACGAAAAAGCACUUCGAUAAGGUGCGUGAGGACCUGGAGAUCGCGCAGGUGAAGAACGCUCAGGCACCGAGGAACAAGCCGCACGAGGUGGAGGAGGCCACCUGCAGCCUCAACGUCACCCGGAAGUGCUACCGCCAUCUAGCGCUGGACUACGUUCUGCAGAUCAACGUCCUUCAGGCCAAGAAGAAAUUUGAGAUCCUAGAUGCAAUGCUGUCGUUCAUGCACGCCCAGUACUCGCUCUUUCAGCAGGGUUUCAAGCUGCUAGAUGAGAUCGACCCCUACAUGAAGAAGCUGGCAGCGGAGUUGGACCAGCUGGUGAUCGAUUCAGCGAUGGAGAAAAGAGAUAUGGAGCACAAACACGCUACGAUACAACAGCGGACUCUUCUACAGGACUUUGCCUACGAUGACCCGAAGGUGGAGUUCGACGUGGACGCCCCCAACGGAGUGGUGAUGGAGGGCUACCUGUUCAAACGUGCCAGCAACGCUUUCAAAACGUGGAACAGGCGGUGGUUCUCCAUCCAGAACAGUCAGCUGGUGUAUCAGAAGAAGCUGAAGGACUCACUGACUGUGGUAGUAGAGGACCUGAGACUGUGUUCGGUCAAACCCUGUGAGGACAUCGAGAGGAGAUUCUGCUUUGAAGUGGUGUCUCCUUCAAAGAGCUGUAUUCUGCAGGCUGAGUCUGAGAAGCUCCGACAAGCCUGGAUCCAAGCAGUGCAGGCCAGCAUCGCCUCGGCCUACAGAGAGAGUCCAGACAGCUACUACACCGAGCGCCUGGACCGGACGGCGUCUCCCUCCACCAGCAGCAUCGACUCGGCCAGCGAGCCACGAGAGCGCAGUGUAAGGGUCGAGAGCGUGUUGCAGAGGGUGCAGUGUGUGCCGGGCAACGACGUGUGCUGCGACUGUGGCCAGGCCGAUCCACGCUGGGCCAGCAUCAACCUGGGCAUCCUACUCUGCAUCGAGUGCUCCGGCAUACACAGGAGUUUGGGAGUGCACUGCUCCAAAGUCCGCUCUCUCACCCUGGACUCCUGGGAACCUGAGCUACUCAAGCUGAUGUGCGAGCUGGGUAACAGUGUUAUAAACCACAUCUACGAGGGCACGUGUGAGGAGCAGGGAUUGAAGAAGCCAGGAGCCAACAGUCCAAGGCAAGAGAAAGAGACGUGGAUUCGAGCCAAGUACGUGGAAAAGAAGUUCCUGAAGAAGAUGGCAGCAGCGGAGGCCCUGGUGAGCAGCGAGAGAAAAUCGGAGAGGCGGUGGGCUGCAAAAAAGUGCCGACGCCACAACAGCGCCACCAACGUACCCAAACACCGGCGGAAAUACAGGCAGGAUCCCGGCUCGGGUUCCCUCUGCUCAGCCGCCAGCGCUUUGGAGAGAAAGUUCCGGCGAGAUUCGCUCUUCUGUCCUGAUGAACUGGACUCCCUUUUCUCCUACUUUGACACCAGCUCAGGGCCUCGCAGUCUCAGCAGCGACAGCGGUCUGGGCGGCAGCAGUGACGGCAGCACCGACGUCCUUCUGUUCGGCUCGGUGGUGGACAGCGUCACUGAGGAGGAGUGUGAAGUGUCGGAGGACUCGAGCGGUGAGGUGGAGCUGGAGCCGGAGGCAUCAGACCCAGAGGACGUGCGUGAGCUGCAUCCCGGCGCACUGCUCUAUAAAGCCUGCCAGGCUCGUAACCUGCCCGUCAUGGCUGAAGCGCUGGCACACGGCGCCGACGUCAACUCCAUCAACGAGGAGGACGAGGGCAAGAGCCCGCUCAUGCAGGCCGUGAUCGGAGGCUCUUUAAUAGCGUGUGAGUUUCUGCUACAAAACGGUGCAGACGUCAACCAAAGAGACCUAAAAGGAAGGGGACCGUUACACCAUGCUACGUAUUUAGGGCACACAGGGCAGGUGUGUCUGUUCCUGAAACGAGGAGCCACGCAGAACGACGGCGAUGAUGACGGUCAGGAUCCUCUCAGUAUAGCGGUGCAGGCCGCCAACGCCGACAUCGUCACUCUGCUGCGUCUGGCUCGGAUGAACGAGGAGAUGAGAGAGGCGGAGGGGCCGUUGGGACAACCAGGCGACACCACGUAUCUGGACAUCUUCCGCGAGUUUUCCCACAUGGCAUCUCACAACCCUGAGAAGCUAAAGCGCAGGAGCAUUCACUUCCGCCACUCCUUCAGAGUCUGAUGGAGGUUUUCCCGCGCACCUCGUCACAUCCCGCACGGAAACGGCGCCGGAUCCUAAAGCCGGGUUAUUGACACCGAGUUAGCAAACAAUAGAGUCCGCAGACGCCGAGCGAUCAGAAUGGAGCGGUAAUCUAGAAUCGAUUACAAACACGUUCAUUUGAACGGUGGAGAGGUUUCUUUACAGAAAUGCUGUUUUGUAAGCUUUAAUGACUUUCUGGGGAUCAGCUGGACUUAUCCUCCAUUUUCUUUUUUAACUUCACCUACAUCAUUUUUGAUUUUUUCUGUAUUUUAAUACUGUUUAGACUUUCAAAGAAUAGUGACUAUUAAAGCUCACAUCACUACAGUUAGUAUACAGGAUAAUACUACAUUAUUCAGUAGUUCAUGGCUGAAGGUAUGUACAGAAAAAAACGAAAGAAGAAGAAAUCUCAGUCUUCGCUCUUGUCUCAAUGCAUUUAUUAUCUUCACUUGCUGAUAAUGUCUAUUGUGUUUUUUGUUGUUGUUGUUUAUUCAAAAGAACCGUUUCACAGUAUCAUGUAUUUGGGACUGCAAUCGCUGUAGUUCGUCGUAAGCGCCUUUCCAGAUGUGUUGGGUGUGAAGUGUGAUGUUCAGCCAUGACUACGCCGGUGUAGUCCUACAUUCGUCCUGUUCUUUAUUCUGUACAGUUAGCGUAAAGCAUCGCAAACCCAAUAGCAGAUGUUGUACAUAUACAGUACGUUUUAGAUGCGAAAUGCUAAUAUAUCAUGAGAAUUGUGGUAUUUUGUAACGAAAAAAAUAAAUAAAACUGAAAUAAACCUC